AUGGCGGAGGAUACUGCUUCUCCCCUGAAACGCUUUGUGCUGGCUAAGAAGGCAAUUACUGCAAUUUUUGACCAGUUACUGGAAUUCGUUACUCAAGGUUCACAUUUUAUUGAAGCAACGUACAGGAAUUCAGAACUUGAUCGAAUAGCUACUGAGGAUGAUCUAGUAGAAAUACGGAGGUAUAAAAACAAGCUUUCCAUCAUUGGUGAGGUGCUGUCUCGCAGACAAAUGAAAGUGGCCUUUUUUGGCAGGACAAGCAGUGGGAAGAGCUCUGUUAUCAAUGCAAUGUUGUGGGAUAAAGUCCUCCCCAGUGGGAUUGGCCAUACAACCAAUUGCUUACUGAGUGUUGAAGGAACCGAUGGAGACAGAGCUUAUCUUAUGACAGAAGGAUCAGAUGAAAAAAAGAGUGUGAAGACAGUUAAUCAGCUGGCCCAUGCCCUGCAUAUGGACAAAGACUUAAAAGCUGGCUCUCUUGUGCAUGUGUUUUGGCCAAAGGCAAAAUGUGCCCUCUUGAGAGAUGACCUGGUUUUAGUAGACAGUCCAGGUACAGAUGUCACUACAGAGCUGGAUAGCUGGAUUGAUAAGUUUUGCUUAGAUGCUGAUGUCUUCGUUUUGGUUGCCAACUCUGAAUCAACAUUAAUGAACACGGAAAAACAGUUUUUUCACAAGGUAAAUGAGCGACUUUCCAAGCCUAACGUUUUCAUUCUGAAUAAUCGUUGGGACGCCUCUGCAUCAGAGCCAGAAUAUAUGGAAGAUGUACGCAGACAGCACACAGAAAGAUGCCUACAUUUUUUGGUAGAAGAACUCAAAGUUGUGGAUCCUUCAGAAGCAAGGAAUCAUAUUUUCUUUGUUUCUGCAAAGGAAGUUCUUAGUGCUAGAAUGCACAAAGCACAGGGGAUGCCAGAAGGAGGUGGGGCACUUGCUGAAGGAUUUCAGGCAAGAUUACAAGAGUUUCAGAAUUUUGAACGAAUCUUUGAGGAGUGUAUCUCGCAGUCAGCAGUGAAAACAAAGUUUGAACAGCACACUAUCAGAGCUAAACAGAUAUUAGAUACUGUGCAAGACAUAAUGGAUUCAAUAAACGUGGCAGCAGCAGAGAAAAGAGUUUAUUCGAUGGAAGAGAGGGAAGACCACAUUGAUAGACUGGACUUUAUCCGAAAUCAAAUGAACCUGUUGACACUGGAUGUUAAGAAGAAAAUCAGGGAGGUUACAGAGGAGGUGGCAAACAAGGUUUCAUGUGCAAUGACAGAUGAAAUUUGUCGACUUUCUGUUUUGGUUGAUGAAUUUUGUUCUGAGUUUCAUCCUACUCCAAGUGUAUUGAAAGUAUAUAAAAAUGAGUUAAAUAAGCACAUAGAAGAUGGGAUGGGAAGAAAUUUGGCUGAUAGGUGCACCAGUGAAGUCAACGCUUCAAUGCUUCAAUCUCAGCAAGAAAUUAUUGAAAAUUUGAAACCGUUACUUCCUUCUGAUGUACAGAAUAAACUACAUACACUGGUUCCUUGCAAGAAAUUUGAUCUCAGCUAUGACCUAAAUUGCCACAUGUUGUGUUCAGACUUUCAAGAGGAUAUUGUAUUUCGUUUUUCCUUGGGCUGGUCUUCCCUUGUCCAUCGUUUCUUGGGUCCUACGAAUGCACAGAGAGUGCUUCUAGGAUUAUCCGAGCCUGUCUUUCAGCUCCCUAGGUCUUUAGCUUCUACUCCCAGCAAUCCAGCAACACCAGAUAAUGCAUCACAGGAAGAAAUCAUGGUUACCUUAAUAACAACAUUAGCUUCCCUUACUUCCAGAACAUCUAUGGGCAUUAUUGUUGUCGGCGGAGUGAUUUGGAAAACUGUAGGCUGGAAACUCAUAUCUCUUUCAUUAAGUAUGUAUGGAGCUUUAUAUCUUUAUGAAAGGCUGGCCUGGACCACCCGAGCCAAAGAGAGAGCUUUUAAGCAGCAGUUUGUGAACUAUGCAACUGAGAAACUGCAGAUGAUUGUUAGCUUCACAAGUGCAAACUGCAGCCAUCAAGUACAACAGGAAAUGGCAACCACUUUUGCUCGCCUUUGCCAACAAGUUGAUAUUACACAAAAACACCUGGAAGAAGAAAUUGCUAGAUUUUCCAAAGAGAUAGAUCAAUUGGAGGACAUACAAAACAAUUCAAAGCUUUUAAGAAAUAAAGCUGUUCGACUUAAAAACGAGCUGGAGAAUUUUACUAAGCAGUUUCUACAUUCAAGCAAUGAAGAAGAAUCUUAA